GAAUGUUUUCAAAAAAUAGUAUAAAUAUCAAUAGAAUAACAAUUGCUAAAUCAGUAUCAGUAGUUCCAAUCUAGCUAACCAUACUUCUUAUAAUCAAAAUGAAAUUCUUCGUCGCUGUUUUAUUCGCCGUCGUUGCCUUGGCUGCCGCCGAUGUCAGCCACUUGAACAGAAAUUACUUGCCACCCCAAGGAGCUGCCAGCAGCACUCAUGAACAUUACGAAUCGGCUCCAUCAAGCUUUGGUUCAAGCACUGAUGCUUUCAAAUCUGGCUCCAGCUACUCUGCUCCUGUAGCUGCAUCAUCUUUCACCUCCAAGCAAUACUCUGCUCCAGACAGUGCUGCCAGUUUCAGCAGCCGUUUCUCUUCUGACUCCAGCUCUGACAAAUCUGGCUCCAGCUUCUCUGCUCCCGAUAGUGCAGCUUCCUUCACCUCUUCCAAGACCAGUGAAUACAAGGCUCCUGCUUCCAGCUCCUUCAAGUCUGGUUCCAGAUACUCUGCUCCUGAAAGUGCCGCUUCUUUCAAUUCCUUCAAGACUACUGAAUACAAAGCUCCCGCUUCCAGCUCCUUCAAAUCUGGCUCCAGCUACUCUGCUCCCGAAUCUGCAGCUUCCUUCAGCUCAUCAAAGACUACCGAAUACAAAGCUCCCGCUUCCAGCUCUUUCAAAUCUGAUUCCAGCUACUCUGCUCCUGAAACUGCUGCUUCUUUCAAUACCUUCAAGACUACUGAAUACAAAGCUCCCGCUUCUAGCUCUUUCAAAUCUGACUCCAGUUUCACUGCUCCCGAAACCACCAGCUUCUCUACUGGUUCCAGCUACUCUGCCCCCGAGACAGCAGCUUCUCACGCAGCUCCAUCUUACUCCACCUCUUUCACCGAUUCCAGCUUCUCUGCUCCACAAGCUGCUGCCUCUGGUGUUGAUACCCAAUACGCUCCUAAUGGUGGUUAUGUCUACUAAAUUUUGAAAAUCUAAAAACGACAAUAAAGCAUUUUAAUAUGUAAACGAUUUUUAUUUUAUUUA